GCGGAAGUAGGUGCAAAUGCGUGAUGUGUCAAAAUUUUGACAAAUUUUUUUUUGACACUUUGGGAUAAUUGUUGCGCCCUUUCACCAUCAAUUUCUAAAACCAGACACCUUUGCGAUGGGGUUAAAUUGAAUGGUUUGCAUGUUAAAACUGUAGAAAGGAGAAGUUCCACCUAACUCUGAUAGCGGCUGUUUGAGUCGUGAACGUCAGAUGCCGCUGUAGAGGGUAAUGUGUUAGCUAGCCGUGCUAGCUCGUAGCUAAUUUCGUUUCCAGAAUUCCCCGAGAGCAAGACAUGCAUUCAGCGAGGCAGUGACAUUGCAGGCUGGCGGUGAGAACUCACAGGCCCAACCCACACACCUGCCAACCAGCCCGCGUGGCCUCUGCUUACCUGCCUCGCAGGUAGGUUGUCAGCGAGCGGAGGGUGGGCGGGGUCACGCGCGAGGACAGGAGGAAUGCCUGUGGAGGGCGGGAGCAGCGGCGGCCCCGCUUCGGCCGCGCGCCACCCCAAGCAGAAGCGCAAGGCUCACAGUUUGUCCAUCCGGCGCACAAACAGCACCGAGGAGCGGCCACCGGGCAUCCUGAGAGGAGACAUGCUGGAGGGACAGGACUCCAAGCUGCCCAUUGCAUUGCGGACCAAUCUCCUGGACCUGUUCGGCCAGAUCGAGCGGGAGUUUGAAAAUCUCUACAUUGAAAACCUUGAGUUGCGCCGGGAGAUCGAUUCUCUGAACGAGCGUCUAACCGGUGAUGGACAGGUGGUCGAAGGAGGAGAUCCCACCAAGGGAGCCCUGAAAGCAAAAGCCAGCCACAGCACCAGCCAGCUGUCACAGAAGCUGAAGACCACCUACAAAGCCUCAACCAGCAAGCGCUCGCACACUUUCCAGGACAAAUUAGGUGGAGCUCGCAACUUCGGCGUGGCCACGUGGGAGUUGUGGGGCGGAGAUUCAUGGAUCGUGUCCAGCUUCAAAGCCACCGCCGGCUCCCGGGCUCUGUGUCAGCUCCUCCGGGAGUAUGUGGGCCACCGGGACGGGAUCUGGGACCUCAGCGUCACGCGGACGCAGCCGGUGGUGCUCGGCACCGCCUCUGCCGUCAACUCCAUCAAAUUCCACCCCACGGAGCAGAUGGCCCUCACAGCCUCUGGGGACCAGACGGCUCACAUCUGGCGCUACAUGGUGCAGCUUCCUGCUCCUAUGCCGCCACCAGAUGUCAGUGUGAGUAGCAUCUUCCCCGGGCUUUCUGUCACCGGCAAAGCAAAUCCUCCCGUUCCACCGAACCAAAAUGAGACGUUGUGCAUUCCACAGGCUCUGUGUGACGACGACCAGGACUCGUCGGACAGGGAGGAGGGCGAGGUGGACGCCGACGGCCCCUGCGAGGUGCCCACAGUCAGGGUUGCCACAGCAACCCUGAAGAGCCACCAGGGGGUAGUGAUUGCAGCCGACUGGUUGGUGGGAGGCCGACAGGUGGUGACGGCUUCCUGGGACCGUGCUGCCAACCUGUAUGAGGUGGAGACCACGGUCACCUCUGCGGUCUUCACGGUGGGCGACAACGUGGUCUCCGGGAGCGACGACCGCACCGUCAAAGUGUGGGACCUGAGGAACAUGAGGUCGCCCAUAGCAACCAUCCGCACCGACUCCGCCGUGAACAGGAUAAGCGUCUCGGCCAACCAGAGGAUCAUCGCUCUGCCCCACGACAACCGCCAGGUCCGGCUGUUCGACAUGAGCGGCGUGCGUCUGGCCAGGCUUCCGCGCAGCAACAGAAUGGUAGCUAACGCAGAACCGGGUCCAGCUUCCGGGAAAAGCGGCGGAAUUAAGCGUGGUCACCGGCGGAUGGUGUGCUGCACGGCGUGGAACGAGGAGAACCAGACCUGCAACCUGUUCACCUGCGGCUUCGACCGGCAGGCCAUCGGCUGGAACAUCAACAUCCCCGCGCUGCUGCAAGAGAAGUGACCCCCCCCCACCCCACCCCCUGAGUCCACACACCCACACCCACUCCCCCUCACCCCACUCACACACACGGCACCAGUUACUGCGGAGCGGCCGCCCCCUACGCGGCCAAUCCAGAACCGUAGUCCUUUAGUUUGUUAGAGAACAAUUCAAAGUACCGAAAGGGGUUUGUGGAACAUGUAUAUACACAGAAACAAAAUCCGAUGUCGUGGCCUGAUUAAGUGACCUGUAUCUAGCAGUCCAGUGUCUUAGCCACCGUUUGAGGGGUGGAGCUUGGAAAAGAACAUGGCUGAGUGAGUUUUUUUUUUUUGUGUGUGUGUGUGUUUUUUUGUUGUUGUUAUAUUUUGAAUAUUUCCUAUCAAGGAAAGAAACAUAUCACGUUCACGCCUGCCUCGUUACACGUUACGUGCGGUUUAUUAGCUGUUUUAAGACGCCGAAAGCCGAGGUUCUCUCACAGGCGGCCUGCUUUUCUUCACCUGGUCCUUCUGUUACUUUGCCUCGCCACGCCUCUGCGGGAGGCAAACGUCUCUCUCUUUUUUUUUCAUCGUCGGGGAGCGACUGCACUUAAAAAAGUGGGUGUAUCCUUCACAUUUGUGCGUUUCCGUGUCUUCGGCCUAGUCAGAGUACAGUGUUUCCGGUGUGUUGCUGGUUUUUAAGGUGCCCCCCCAGUGCGUCGGUCGCUUAUAGAACCACCCCCUCCGUCGUGCUUCGUGAAUCCAAAGUGAACCUGUUGCUCGCUGUCCAUGUCUGUGCUGGAGGGCCUGGCGGUUCGGUUUUUACCGCGCACUGAACCCGUAGCCUCGUACAAUGUCGUGCGCCUUUUCUCGUGGGUUAUUUUUGGCGCUCUCCCGCCUUUAGGAGGGGCUCAGUAUCCCAAAACCAAACAAAACACAACAAAAAACAAAGCAAUAUCUAAGCUCCUUCCUGUUACUGGUGCUCAGAGUUAUGCUUUCUUUUUUUUUCCCCUUUAGAUUUUCCUUUCCCGUAUCUUCUUUUUUUUUUUCUUUAAAAAAAAUCAAUUAUAACUUGAAAAAACACUGAAUCUGUGUCAAAACUCACCUUGAAUCGGGCGUGACGGGAUUCAAGGAGACGCUGUUUGUUACACUCGUGCAAUAUCCUAGAAAUGAAGUCAUGCUGUAGUUUCUGAUCCUCUGAUGUUUAACUUAUUCUCAGUACUGCAAAUCCCGUGGGAAAAAAAAAUGUAAAAAAUCUAAUUUCGUGCACUUGUGUGACUGGUCUAGAUGUACUGUAGCUCAGUGUGCAUAACUUAACUUCAGAUGUCGGCUUCAGACCGCACACUCACUGCUGUUCCCGCAGAUAAUAGAAGCAGGGCGCGUUUUGAAGUAGCAUGAAUCUAAAAAAAAAAAAAUGCGAUAAAGAUAUUGAAAUGCCUUAUUAUUGCAUUAAAGACGGUGCAUGGGUCUUAUCACGUGAAUAUCGGAGUGCUCUUCCAAAUGCUUGUUAAAUAACUAAUUGCGCUCCACAGCACGGCGCAGAUAGGAUUUUUAUUCCCGUUUCAUUCAGGGAACUCAAUCUGGAGCCCGCCGGUAUCCGUGUCAGUCCAAUCUGCAGGUAGAAGGGGAAGUCCGGCAGGCUUAUGAAUUUCAACCGGCAGGAAAUAUGAUUUUUGGAUGGAUACAUUAAAUUAUUGUGUGCCAGACUGUGGGGUUGGAAAACCCUUAGAUUGGCUUCAGCUCUCUGUAGUGAAUUCAGCCACCUCGAACUUCAUUAUGAGAUCUUCUUUGCGUACUUUAUUGUGACGGGUUCGUGCUCUCUGACACUUUCCAAUAAAAAAAAAAUGUGAUUUCCUUUUUCCAGUCACCCGUGUCUCUGUCUUAUUCAACUCACACUUUCUAUUUGGUCAAUGGAACCUAUUUCCUUAUAAUUCCAGUACUUUUGAAAUAAUAAAAACUG